UAGAAAUCGUCCAAUCUCCUUCAAGCCCUCUCUCGCUCUCUCGUCGCCUAUCGCGUCUCUCUCUUCAAGCUCAAAAGUCUUUAACUUAGCUUCGAUUUCUCAAAGAGAGAGACUGCAAUCAUGUUGGUUUACCAGGAUCUCCUUUGCGGCGAUGAGCUUCUUUCUGAUUCAUUCCUAUACAAGGAAAUUGAGAAUGGGAUGCUGUGGGAAGUUGAGGGAAAGUGGGUUGUGAAAGGAUCUGUUGAUGUUGACAUUGGUGCCAAUCCUUCUGCUGAAGAUGGGGACGAGGAUGAGGGUGUUGAUGACCAAGCUGUGAAGGUUGUCGACAUCGUUGACACUUUUAGGCUUCAGGAGCAACCUCCUUUCGACAAGAAGCAGUUUGUCACAUACAUGAAGAGGCUUAUUAAGAAUUUGACACCCAAGUUGGAAGGAGAGAAGGCUGAAACCUUUAAGAAACACAUUGAGGGAGCAACCAAGUUUUUGCUUUCAAAGCUUAAGGACCUUCAAUUUUUUGUGGGAGAGAGCAUGCAUGAUGAUGGCUGUUUGGUGUUUGCUUACUACAAGGAUGGUGCUGUUGAUCCAACAUUUUUGUACUUUGCUUAUGCAUUGAAGGAGGUCAAGUGCUGAGUUUGAGGCAGAAGCGCCUGCUAUAGUUCUAGUCUUCAUUAUUAUUUCUUGCCUUCUUUUCUAUCUUUUGUACUGCUAGACUGGCCGUUUUGGUUUAACUGUUGUUUUCUUGGUCAUGGAAUGUUUUCGGUCUUAUGGGAUGACUUAAUAACUUAUAUCAUUGUUCUAUUUACCCUUCUUAAUUUAAUUGGUGUGGUCUUUGGGAAUGAUUUUUGCA